CCACUUCUACUUCUGCCUUCACUAACACUAAUGCUACCAGUACCAAUACUGGUGUUACCAAAGCAUCAGGAGGCAGUAGUUAUGCAGAGGAUUAUUCUAGGAAUUCCAUUUCGAUUUCUUCUUUUGAUGAAGCCGGCCGGGGUUUAAUAACUGCACCAAGUCAAAACCUGCUACCACCAACACCUGAAGUUGCUGAAAGAACCAGGCUGCCUAGUUUGGCUGUAAGCUCAAAUCGUCGCCUUGAUGGAGUUCCUCUCCAGCCUCUUGACCUGCUUUUGUAAGCAGCUGAAUUCCCAUGCAGACGACGAGUGGAAACUCUCCUUCGAUCCUCGCACUCUGCAGAUCGCCACCAACUUCUUCUCUGACCUCAACCUGGUUGGCAAACACGGCUUUUGCCCUGUUUACAGGGGAUUGAUGCCAAAUGGUCAAGAAGUAGCCGUCAAGAAGCUUCCAAAGGCGUCAAGGGAGAGCUCAAGAGAAUUCAGAAUGGAGAUAGACAUACUAGUGGAAAUCCAGCACAAAAACUUGGUUACCUUCCUAGGGUAUUGUGAAGAAGGUCCUGAGAUGAUGCUUGUUUAUGAGUAUCUGCCCAACAAUAGCCUUGAAUUCUUUCUCUUUGAUAAAGACAGGUCUUGGUGGCUGGACUGGAAAAGGCGAUUUCAGAUCAUAAAAGGUGUGGCAGAUGGUCUUCUCUACCUCCAUGAAGAAGCUUUUAUAAGGAUUGUUCAUAGGAAUAUUGGAGCUUGUAAUGUUUUGCUAGAUGAGCAGUUUAAUCCAAAGAUUUCAGCACUUGGCCAAGCAAAGCUCUUCCCGGGGAACGUCAUCCAUAUUAUCUGCAGGGUAUCUGGGAUUAUUGGUUAUAUGGCCCCUGAAUAUGAACUGCAUGAAAAAUUGACUGAGAAGGCUGAUGUUUUCAGUUUUGGAAUCUUGGUUCUAGAGAUAGUAAGUGGAAUAAGCAGCCGUAACCUGCGCCAGAGUGGAGAUAUGAGUGAUUUGCUGAGUUAUACAUGGAGGCUUUACGAAGAAGAUGAGGCCUUGGAAUUAGUCGAUUCAAGUCUUGCUUCGUACAACCGCAACCAGGCAGAAUUGUGCAUUAAGUUAGGAUUAUUAUGUUGUCAAGAAAGUGUUGAUGCUAGGCCAGAUAUGAAAUCUAUUAAUCUCAUAUUGUCAGCUGAUUUGCCUAUUUUGCGAAAACCUAUUAAGCCAAGAUUUGAAUUUCGAAACUUUAAUUCUUAGACGGAAGAGUCGGUUAAAUCUCAUCUCUGUUUCUUGUUGUGAUCAAGCUAGAUGAUGACGACCACUUAUUUGUGAAUAAUUUGUUCCAUUAGUAUCUUAUA